AUGCAUUCACAAUCAUUCCUUAUCAUUUUCAAUUCGCUAUUAUAUCGAUGGUAUGUUCAAGGAAGUGAAAGACCUAUUGAUCUUAAAUGGAAAUUACCGGUAACACCUCGUUUCAUCCUGAAAACAUCAAAUUUAAACAAUCCAAAAGACGAAAUUCAACGUCGAUUUCCAACACCGUUAAUUGGCCGUAGUUCAAUGAAACAGAAAUUAAAUCAUUUUGAUAAGAAUGAUGAACGUAAAUGGAUACAGUUUUACACACAUAGAAAAUCACCAUAUCAACGACCUGAUGGUGCGGUAUUUCUAGUUGUUGGUGGUGAAGAUGGUGCUGAUCGUGCCUGGUUGACAAAUCAAGGUCUACCAUAUGUUCAACUAGCAGAUCAAAUUAAUGCUAGCAUAUUUAUGCUCGAACAUCGAUUUUAUGGUAACAGUCGUCCAACAAAUGAUACUUCUAUUAAAAGUCUAAAAUAUCUUGAUGCAAAGCAAGCUGUCGAAGAUAUUGAUAAAUUUGUUGAAGAAAUGAAUGUACGAGAAAAAUUAACAAAUCCAAAAUGGAUUACUUUUGGUGGAAGUUAUUCAGGUAAUUUAGCAGCUUGGGCUCGAGAGAAACAUCCUCGAAGUAUACGAGCAGCAGUUGCUAGUUCAGCUCCUUUACAAGCUAAACUUAAUUUUAAAGAGUUCGAAAGGCAAAUUGAAAAAAUUAUUGGCAAAAAAGGCACUAAAUGUGUCGCAGUGAUAAGAAAAUUAUUCCAGAAAAUGCGACAAAUGUCAACGACACUUGAAGGCAGACGUGAACUUGUAAAAAUAUUUCGAUUAGAUGAUUCUUUAAUUCGACCAACAGUAUCCGAGAAAGAUAUUGCAAAUUUUUUUCUUGUAAUUAGUAAUUAUAUUAGUUUCAUCGUAAUGCAUAGUGGAAUUAAUGUGAAAGAUCAUCGCGAUUUACUAACUUUGGAUGUAAUGUGUAGCAAAUUAACUGAUUCACCAUCAUUAGAAUCUAUCCGAGUACUAAUUGGUAUGGUUAUGAUGUCACAAGGAAAAUCAUCACAUUCAGCUAUUGAUGUUGGUUACAAUAGUUUUCUUGAUUUUAUGCGUGAUGAACGUUGGAAUACACGUAACGCACAACCUCGUGCAUGGCUUUAUCAAAAUUGUCAUGAAUUUGGUCAUUUUCGAACAAGCGAAGAAUUAAAUGGUUUAUUUGCUGGAACUUUACCGCUAAGUUUCUUCUUGGCACGUUGUACGGAUGUAUUCGGUGACCAUUUCUCUCUUGAAAAUACGGAAAAAAGAAUCGCUGAAACAAAUGAAUUUUUUGGUGGAAAUAAAAAUUUUCAGGGAACAGAUGUGAUACUAUCCAAUGGUUCGGAUGAUCCAUGGACUUUACUUGGUGUAUACAAUGGUACCAGUGCUAUUAACAAUUAUAUUAUUUGCAUCGAAGGGACAAGUCAUGUAGCUGAUUUCUAUCCACCAAGUAAUUCUGAUUCAAAUGCACUAAGAACUGCACAAUAUAGGAUAAUACAGGUGAUCGAAAGUAUAGUACUGUAA